AAAAGCCCCGCAAACCCAGCCAUCAUGUUCGGACUGCGAAUCCAGUCCGUCGACUUCCCCGCCGCCCCGGCCCCCGCCGUCGCCGACGAAGUGGGCACCAGCAGCGGUGGCGGCGCCACCACCUCCCCGCGCUCCAGCCACCAUUCCCCCUCCACCACGUCCUCCUCCAUAACUCCCCUCGAGCUGCCGGGCGCGACCUCCACGGCGCCCGCCCGAAACCUUAGGAUCCACCAUACCCGCGGCAUCAUCCACCUCUACCGCUCGUGCCCCACGUCCUCCUCCUCCUACGCCUCCGCCGUCACCGCCACCUCCUCCUCCUCCUCCGGGCUGACCGCUCCGCAACCCGCCUCCGACUCGCUGCUCCCACCAUGGCGCGGCACAUGCCUCCUGGUGCUCGCCGUCCCGACCCAUGUCUCGCCGGACGACUUCGUCCGCUUCUGCGGCCCAUAUGUGGAGCGCGCCUCCGACAUCCGUUUCAUCAGGGAUGAUGGGGUGGAAGACCGGUAUAGCGUGCUUGUGGAGUUUGAGGACCAGAAGAGCGCCGAUGGGUUCUAUCUGGAUCUCAAUGGCUGGAGGUUCUCAUCCUCGGAGGGAGAGGUGUGCCAUGUUUUGUUUAUAGUUUCUGUGCAGUAUACACCAUCCACCGAGAUUGCCGCGAGUCCACCGCUUGGAUCCACUGAGCUGCCGACAUGUCCUGUUUGCAUAGAACGAUUGGAUCAAGAUAUCAGUGGGAUUUUGGCAACUACUUGUGAUCACUCUUUCCAGUGUUCAUGCAUUUCAGUGUGGGUCAAUUCAUCUUGUCCGGUAUGUCAGUUUUGUCACAAGCAGUCUGAAGAUUCUACAUGUUCAGUUUGCCAAACCACCGGAAACCUCUGGAUAUGUGUGAUAUGUGGUUUUGUUGGAUGUGGAAGGUAUAAAGAAGGCCAUGCGAAACAGCACUGGAAAGACACACAACACUACUAUUCGCUAGAUUUGGAAACACAGCGUAUUUGGGAUUAUGUUGGCGACAGUUAUGUCCAUCGACUGAAUCACUCCAAGAGUGAUGCAAAGCAUGCUAAGUUCAAGUCAAGAUGUAAAUACUCUGGGGACGACUGUGUAAACUGUUCAUGCAAUGAUGACUCAGACAUGGGUGGAGCAAUGUUCUGCAGCAAGGCUGAAACAAUUGUGGACGAGUACAACCGCCUCCUUGCAAGCCAACUCAAAACUCAGAGAGAGUAUUACGAGGCCCGGUUGUCUGAGGCUAAGAGAGAAAGGGAACAACACAUUUCCAAAGCUGUUGAUAAAGCUGUAAAUGAUAAGCUUCAAGAGACCCAACUUAAGCUUGAGAAUCUAAUCGUUGAGAAAAAGAAAGUUGCAGAUAUGAAUGAGAAACUCACCAGAAGCCAAGAUGUGUGGCGUCAGACACUAAGAGAUAUAGAGGAAAGGGAAAGAGCACUGUUGAAAUCGAAUGACGAAACAAUUCGUGAUAUGGAAGAACAGAUAAAAGAUCUCAAAUUUUCCAUUAAGUUGCAAAAGUCAAUAGAGAAGAAUACACAUGGUGAUAGUCUCAAGGGAGGUACGCUGGUGGCACUUCCUACGGUGUCAGAAUCUGGAGGCAAGAGUAAAAGGUCAUCAAGAACAAGCAAGAGGAGGAAUUAGUAGCAACUUUGCUUGUAGUUGAAAGCACGAUCCUCCAGCAGUUGGUGUAUGCGGUGGGCCGAUUUGUUGACUAUCAGGCAGUUCUGACUGGAACGUUUGUGUGCGAACCGUAAAAUCAUGUGCUACUGGGUAGUUUUUCUCAGUGCUAACCUGUACUGACGAAGUAUAAUGUGAUACACUCCCUUAAGAAAAAAAGAUAAUGUGAUGCGAGACAUUCUCGGGGGAAA